CGCACUUGGCACCCAUUGAUCUCCAUUUCUAGGGCUUUUUCUGUUCUUCUUUGUUGCACCAUUGUAUCUCCAUGAAAAAUGACAACUCUUAAUUUCGUUUCUCUUGUUCUACUUCUUUUUAUCACUUACCAAACUCCACUCGUCCUCUCCUGGAAAAAAGAAGAGUUCCGAAACUGCAACCAGACCCCUUUCUGCAAACGCGCCAGAUCCCGUCAGCCUGGUUUCUCUUCGCUUGUCGCCUAUCAAGUGGCCAUCUCUAACGGUGAUUUGACUGCCAAGCUUCUCCCCAAGAAUGCAACUGAUGGCCAAAUAAAGCCGUUGAUUCUCUCUCUGUCUGUCUACCAAGACGGCGUCGCGCGUCUCAAGAUCGACGAGGACCCUACUUUAAACCCGCCCAAGAAACGUUUCGAAGUCACUGAUGUUGUUCUCCCUGAGUUUGAGUCCAAGAAACUCUAUCUUCAGAGGCUUUCGACGGAAUCGACUGACGGUGAUGGGGGGCCGUCAUCGGUGGUGUACUUAUCUGAUGGCUAUGAGGCUGUCGUUCGCCACGAUCCGUUCGAGGUUUAUGUGAGGCGUAAAGGAGAUAAUUCGCGUGUACUCUCGUUGAAUUCUCAUGGUUUGUUUGAUUUUGAGCAAUUGAGAGUGAAAGAUGAGGGUGAGGAAUGGGAAGAGAGGUUUAGAGGACACACUGAUACGAGACCGUACGGUCCGCAAUCUAUUAGUUUCGAUGUGUCUUUUUAUGAUUCUGAUUUUGUUUAUGGUAUUUCUGAACAUGCUACUAGCUUUGUUUUGAGACCGACUAGAGGGCCUAAUGUGGAAGAAUCUGAGCCUUAUAGGUUGUUUAAUUUGGAUGUGUUUGAGUUUGUUCAUGAUUCACCGUUCGGGCUUUAUGGGUCAAUUCCCUUUAUGUUGUCGCAUGGAAAAUCCGGUCAAACUUCAGGGUUUUUUUGGUUGAAUGCUGCUGAAAUGCAGAUUGAUGUCCUGGGGGAGGGUUGGAACGCGGAGAGUGGUAUUUUGCUACCUUCGAAGCAAAAGACAAUUGACACAUUUUGGAUGAGUGAGGCUGGGAUUGUAGACGCUUUCUUUUUUGUAGGUCCCGGUCCCAAAGAUGUUGUGAGGCAAUAUGUAAGUGUAACGGGCAAGCCAGCAAUGCCACAGUUGUUUGCUAUUGCAUAUCAUCAAUGUAGAUGGAAUUAUAGGGAUGAAGAGGAUGUGGCACAAGUGGAUUCAAAGUUUGAUGAACAUGAUAUCCCAUAUGAUGUUUUGUGGCUUGAUAUUGAACACACAGAUGGGAAAAGGUACUUUACCUGGGAUAGGGUGUUGUUCCCUAAUCCAGAAGAGAUGCAGAGGAAGUUGGCGGCCAAGGGUCGACAUAUGGUAACAAUUGUAGAUCCACAUAUCAAGCGGGAUGAUUCAUAUUGGUUGCACAAGGAGGCAACCCAGAAAGGGUAUUAUGUUAAGGAUGCUACAGAGAAGGAUUAUGAUGGAUGGUGCUGGCCUGGCUCAUCUUCAUAUUUGGAUAUGCUGAAUCCAGUGAUUCGGUGGUGGUGGAGUGAUAAAUUCUCGUAUGAGAAUUAUGUUGGUUCGACAGCUUCACUGUACAUUUGGAAUGACAUGAAUGAGCCUUCUGUCUUUAAUGGCCCUGAGUUAACAAUGCCAAGAGAUGCUUUACAUCUUGGGAGUGUGGAACAUCGAGAAUUACAUAAUGCUUAUGGGUAUUACUUCCAUAUGGCUACAUCUGAUGGGCUUGUCAAGCGUGAACAUGGAAAGGACAGACCUUUUGUUUUGUCCAGAGCAUUCUUUGCUGGAAGUCAAAAGUAUGGAGCUGUUUGGACGGGAGAUAAUACAGCAAACUGGGAUCAGCUCAGGGUUUCUGUUCCAAUGAUUCUAACUCUUGGUCUAACCGGAAUUACAUUCUCUGGUGCUGAUGUUGGAGGGUUUUUUGGCAACCCUGAUACUGAGUUAUUAGUUCGUUGGUAUCAACUUGGUGCUUACUACCCUUUCUUCAGGGGGCAUGCCCAUCAUGAUACCAAAAGACGAGAGCCUUGGCUAUUUGGAGAGCGGAAUACAGAACUUAUCAGAGAAGCCAUACAUAUCCGUUACACGUUGCUCCCAUAUUUCUACACCUUAUUCAGAGAGGCAAACGCUACUGGUAUUCCUGUUGUGCGUCCAUUGUGGAUGGAAUUCCCAUCUGAUGAAAUGACUUUUAAAAAUGAUGAGGCUUUCAUGGUUGGAAAUGCACUUUUGGUGCAAGGAAUCUACACUGAGCGAGCUAAGCAUACAUCGGUAUAUUUGCCGGGGAAAGAAUCUUGGUAUUCUAUGAGAACUGGAACUGCAGUUAAAGGAGGAAUAACCCAUAAAUUGGGGGUUUCAGAAGAGUAUAUUCCUGCUUUCCAACGGGCUGGAACUAUUAUACCGAGGAGAGACCGGUUUCGUCGAAGUUCCACUCAGAUGGUUAAUGAUCCUUUCACCUUGGUGGUGGCUUUAAACAGUUCUCAAGCUGCUGAAGGUGAACUGUAUGUUGAUGAUGGAAAGAGUUUUGAAUUUCUGCAAGGUGCCUUUAUCCAUCGUCGUUUUAUAUUCUCAGAGGGCCAACUUACGUCUGUAAACAUAGCUCCAACUGCUGUGAAAUCCCAGUUUAACUCGAAUUGCAUCAUUGAGAGGAUUAUUCUACUUGGAUAUCGUGGGGCAUCCAAGGGUGUUAUGAUUGAACCAGCAAACCAGAAGACUGAAAUUGAGCGUGCACCACUUCGACUUGAAGGGGGACCGAGUCCUGCAGUCGUAACCAUCCGAAAACCUGGUGUACGGAUUGCAGAUGAUUGGACAAUAAAAAUAUUGUAAAAACCAUUCAGUUAUGGGUGGUAGAAUGUUUGGUGAAAUGGAAGAUAGAGGAGUUUAAAUAUCUAAAUUGAGUUGUGGUGUUGAGAAAUUUAAGUUGAUAAAUUUACACUCUCAACUUGAGUUUUGCUAAUUGAAGACCAUAAAUGUUCUUUGUUUAA